AUUAGUGCGAGGCACCUGUCAUGACAGCAAUUGUACGAGUGCGUGUGUGAAAGUUUUCCUGUGAUUUCCUGAGAAUUUUUCGUAAUCACGACUGAUGCAGUUUAGGAUUGGCUACUCCUAUCGUGUAAAGUAAUUAAUAUGCUGUUGUGAUCCUAUCUAGGGAUUGUUUCUGGUGCUGUGUGUACAUGCUGUUCGCACACUUUCUGAGUCACUAGCGUUGCUACAUUAGUUAUGCACUUUGCAAAACUCCAACCCAGGGAAAUCAUUACUGUUGCAGAAAAAUAUCCAAACAGUUGGAGUAUAUUUCGUUUUUGAGAUAUUCAUCGUUGUACGAGCGCUUAAGUUUGGUCCGAAGGGUAAACGUUCUAUCGUCAUACAAAUCCGCCCCGUUCCGAUUCCGAAGGGCAAUUGAUUGACCUGUACAUGGCGUAACGCAUACCAUAGUCGUGUGUCAUCGAUCGUUAAUUCAAUUCUAGUCUGACCAUUCAAAAAACUAGAUCACCUAGUCUUGCGUAGCGAUAACCCACAAUUGAUGGAACCGAAAUAGGCAACAUUCUACUGGCAGUAAUUCAAGCGAAUCCAGCAAGAUUGUGUCAGUCGAGUUACAAGCUCCGAAUACACAAAUCUUGACUCGGGAUGCAGCAGCGUUUCAGCACCGGAUUUUCAUUGCGUUUGCCGACAUUAUCAUUGUCGCGUGGUAUGCGUCAUCGUCUGUUAUCAGAAGGUCGGCGUACCUAGAAAGAGCUUACGAUGGUUUCAGCAGCUAGCGAUUGCUAGCUCAGUGACCGUACGAAUGCUGUAGAGUUAAUCACAGUUCUGCAUCUGAUUGGCCAACGGCGGUAAAAUAACAUUACUCGAUUAGCAUCAUACAACCGGAUCGUGCUACAAGUGAAAACAAUCGACUGUGCGAGUUAUCGGAAGAAAUCAAGAAGAAAAGAAGCGAAGCAUAGUUUUGCAUAUUUAGCCGUGCAUGAGUGUAUCCAAGCGUGUGUAAGAAGUUGUGGUGCCUUUAGUGAACGAAAGGGCACAUAACAAAUCAAUCAUGAAACAAUGUCGCCAACGAUGAUAACCAUCAUACACUGCUUGGCUAUCGGUAUCCUGAUAUUCUGGUGCGGAAAAUGGAUCAUUCAUUUGACUGCUAUCACCUAUGGAAAGAUAAAACUCCACAAAAAAGCUUCCCAACAGCCCCGAGAAACACCAUAUCCCUCGGUGUCCAUUUUGAAACCACUUAUGGGAGUCGAUCCGAAUCUUCAAAGCAAUUUGGAAACAUUUUUUCUGAUGGACUACCCGAUCUAUGAGUUGCUGUUUUGCAUCGAAUCCCAGGAUGAUCCAGCGAUUGAAAUAGUAAAUCGGCUAUGUGAUAAGUAUCCUAGCAUUGAGGCGAAGCUGCUCGUUGGUGGCUCGAACGUGGGAGUAAAUCCAAAGAUAAAUAAUCUCUACCAGGGAUAUGUGCAGGCUCAAUACGAAUUAAUAAUGAUUUCCGACGCAGGAAUUCGAAUGAAGAGUGACACACUAACCGACAUGGUUAACCAUAUGACAGAGAAGGUUGGUCUUGUACAUCAGAUGCCAUUCGUUUGCGACCGAGAAGGAUUUGCUGCAGCAUUUGAGAAGAUAUACUUCGGCACGGUGCAGUCACGCAUUUACCUAUGUGCCGAUCUGCUCGGAAUAAACUGUCACACGGGAAUGUCGUGCUUAAUGCGAAAAGACGUACUGGAUCAACUUGGAGGUGUGCAAGCGUUUGGAUGCUAUCUGGCAGAAGAUUUCUUUCUCGCUAAGGCCUUUCACGAUCACAAUUGGAAGUUGACGAUCAGUAGCCAACCAGCGUGGCAGAACUCUGGGAUUUGUGAUAUUAGCAGCUUUCAGGCACGACUCACACGAUGGGCUAAACUGAGGGUGGCCAUGGUACCGACGACCAUCCUGCUUGAACCGAUGUCAGAGUGCAUCAUUGUGGGUUUGUUUGCCUGCGGUGCCGCCAAAGUACUCUUCCGAUGGAAUCCUCUGGUAUUUUUUCUCAUUCAUACGCUCGUGUGGUUCUUGUCCGAUUGGCUUCUGCUGUCGAUAAUCCAGAAUGGAGCGCUACCAUUUAACAAAUUCACCUUUUUCGUUGGAUGGGCUUUUCGUGAAAUCAGUGGCCCUUAUCUGUUUUUCAAUGCCUUGUGGAAUCCAGCUAUCAGAUGGCGAACUCGCGUGUAUAAGCUAGCUUGGGGCGGUGUUGCGUACGAACUUACAUCUCAAAUUAAAUCAUAAUUUUGGUUCAUCUACAAUGUAGUAAUGAAAGUAAUUAACGAUUUCUUAGGAUCGCACUGUCCCCUGUUGCUGUAACUAUUUCAUGUAGAAACUUUUCUUUCCUUCGAACAAACUUCCCUUGGAAAUAAAUUGUGCAUAUGUAGCUCGUUUCUCUUACACUAAAGCGCACACGUCCGCUGAUAUUACGAUCAUUCCAAAUGAUACCAAUCGUUGGAACGUCUCGUUAUAUUUUGGAACAGAAAUGUUGUGUUUAGUAUCUAUUUCCUUAGAUUUUCCUUUUAAACCCUAAUUUCCUUUUAAACAGAAGCAAAGAGACAGAAAGAGAGAGAGAGAGAGAGAGAGAGAGAGAGAGAGAGGCAUUGUUUGCUGCUGAUGUACGUCGAAGCGUACACUUCAAACCUUUAAUGUAACAAGAUCCUUUUGUAAAACUGUUCAAUGUACAUAAUAUUUAUAACGUCGGCGAGGACUACGAAUUAAGUUUAAACACAAUUUGGAUAAAGAAAAAAGUUAAUACGAUAAAAAUUGAACGUAAGAACACAAAAAAAUAAACAGUGAAAAGUGUGAAUUUAAA